AAGGUGAGGGUGUGUUAGAGUGUUUGUGAAGAGUGUGGGUGUCGCCGCGCGGGGCCGAGACACACUCCAUGAUGGCCGCAGCGGCGGGACCCAACACAAGUAAUUUUGCUCAAAGUUCCGCUUUUGCCGACGCAGUACAGCGCGCUAGACAGAUUGCUGCUAAGAUCCAGCCAGCGGGACAGAAGCGGCCCCUGGAGGAGACAGAGAGUGGUAUGGAUCGUGUUCCAGGCUUGCUGCUCCCAGGUCCUGACGCCAAGAGACCCCCAGGCAGUGGUGGCGGUGGUGCUAACGCAGGCGGCGGCGGGCCAGGGGGACCCGGCGCCGGGGGUCCCGGUGGUGGUCCCGGCGGAGGAGAGCCCGGCUUCAUGGGAGGACCCCUAAUGGGCGGCCCUGGUGGUCCUGGUGGUCCUGGCGGCCCUGGUGGUCCCCCAGGUGGCGGGGGACCACCUGGGGGAGGAGGGGGACCACACAGGGGUCUAGGCUCUGUGGAAUCUGAUGAAAUUGAAGUGCCGGACAAGAUGGUUGGCCUGAUCAUUGGGCGUGGCGGGGAACAGAUCACUCGGCUGCAGAGGGAGUCAGGAGCAAAGAUACAGAUGGCGCAGGACAGCGGAGGGAUGCCCAACAGAGUGUGCACCGUGUCUGGACCAAGGGACGCAAUCAACAGAGCCAAGGAGAUGAUCUUUGAAAUCGUAUCGCGUGGGGACGGCCCCCAGGACAGGAGGGGCCGUGGGGGCAUGGGUGGUGGCGGCGGAGGACCCAUGGGGCCCCCCGGGAUGGACAUGGGCGGGAACAGUACCACGGUGGAGAUAAGCAUCCCAGGGCCCAAGGUUGGACUAAUCAUUGGCAAGGGAGGGGAGACCAUUAAACAGCUGCAAGAGAAGUCCGGAGCCAAGAUGGUUAUCAUACAGGACGGCCCACAGCAGGAGAAUGAGAAGCCCCUGCGUAUCUCUGGCGAACAGCACAAGGUGGACAUGGCCAAGCAGUUAGUGUACGACCUAAUAGCGGAGAAGGAGACCCAGGCCGCCCAGUUUGGCAACCGAGGGCGCGGCCGUGGCGGAGGCAACUUUGGGGACCGCCGAGGGGACCGGGAUCGCGGCGACAGGGACCGCAGGGACCGAGACCGGGACCGGGACGAGUUUGGCGGUGGUGACGAGAGGGACCACUUUGGGGGCGGCGGCCGUGGUGGUGGGCGUGGCGGCUUCAACAAUGACUGGGGCCGAGGAGGUCCUGGUGGGCCCCCAGGAGGACCCAUGGGCCGGGGAGGCUUUGGACCGGGUGGACCUGGGGGACCGGGCGGACCUGGAGGCAUGGGAGGCCCCGGGGGACCAGGUGGACCAAUGGGCCGUGGUGGUCCAAUGGGCGGGCCGAUGGGUGGUGGCGGCGGCGGUGGUGGACGAGGUGGCCCCAAUGACAAAGUGGAGGUGUUCUUCAACGUGCCAGCCCUGAAGUGUGGCCUGGUGAUCGGCAAGGGGGGGGAGACAAUCCGAACUAUCAACCAGCAAACUGGGGCACACUGUGAGCUGGACCGUCGCUCCUCUAGCAACCCCAAUGAGAAGACCUUCAUCAUCCGCGGCAGCCCAGACCAGAUCGAGGACGCCAAGAAGAUGAUUGCUGAGAAAGCUGGGAUGGGUACUGGUGGCCCAGGGCAGAAUGGUACAAGUAACUUGGCUCCUCAGGGAUGGGGCAACGCGUACCAGCAGUGGAACCAGGGACACCCCAACGACCCCACCAAACAAGCAGCAGAUGCCAAUGCUGCCGCCUGGGCCGCCUAUUACUCCCAGUACUACGGCAACAGUCAAAACCAGAAUGCACAGAACAGCGGCCCUCCCACAUCCCAGCCACAGCCCAACGCCACACAGCACCCCACUGGACCCCAGGCUGGUGGGCAGCCAGACUACUCUGCACAGUGGGCCGACUACUACAGAAGUAUGGGGAUGCAUAGAGAAGCUGAGGCCAUCGAGCAGCAGGCCAAGAAUAUGAAGGUGGGCGGACCAGGACCCAAUGCAGCGCCCCAGCAGGGCGGCGCAGUGCAGGGGGCCAACCCAGGGCCAGGGGCAGGCGGGGGCACGGGCACACAGGACUACUCCCAGCAGUGGAUAGAGUACUACCGCUCCCAGGGGAUGCAUGCGGAGGCAGACAAGAUAGAGACACAGAUCAAGGCAUCCAAGGGAGCAGUGGGUGGGGUGCUGGCCGCCCCCAAUGCCCCACACCAGCUUCGGGGAGCAGCACCAUCCGCGCCGACGCCCGUUGCAGCAAGCACGGCGCCACAGCCAGCCCCGGGAGUGGCAGCGGUGGCGGUCAACGGACAGAGCUCCACCCAGCAGCCGGGUGGUGGCGGACUGGGUGACUACUCCCACCAGUGGCUUGAGUACUACCGCUCUCAUGGUAUGCACGCUGAGGCUGAUAAAAUUGAGCAGCAAAUAAAGGCUGCCAAGGGAGGAGCCGGAGGCCCGCCAGGAGGAGGUCCCGGGGCCCCCAUGUAUAAUCCUACGUUUAAUCAGGGCUAUUAGGCUAUUGUAGAGCACCGCUCUGGAAAGUGGCUCCUCUGCUCCUCCGACAAGCAGACCCAUUUGUUGUUGCCUUGAAGACUUCAGUUGUGGGUUGUUGGCCUCAAAAUGUAUCAUGUUGCGAUAUCUUAUUCGUGAUGUCAUGAUGAUGAUGAUGAUGUUCUUCGGUAUGAGAUGCUAUUCAUAAGGAUGGUGUGAAGCUGCUCCAUACUUCAAGAUGUACAAUGAUUUUUGUGUCACCAUAUCUAAUUUAAUAACUAUGAUUAUCAUUAUUCUUUAUUAUUAUUACUACUACUACUAUCAUCAUCAGCAGUAAGUGUAGGAAAGGUUCUUGUUACAUAAGUAAAUUUUUUCUAUGUCUUGUAAAUAUAGCACAGAGUUUACUCUUCCUAUAAUUACGGCUAGUGUGAAGAGGGUUCCCUUGUACAAGGAGCGUAGGCUAGGGUGUGGCAGGGCGUGGCGCAGGACAGGACUGCCGAGCCAAGCGGGGCUGGGUGGGCAGGCAGGCGGGCAGGCAGGCGGGCGGGCAGGCGGGCCGGGCAGGGUGGGCUGGGCAGGGCAGGGCAGGGUGGGGCGCUGUGGACCUCUCUGAAAUGUGCAUUCUUACUCUUAAGCCAUGUACCAUGUGCCUACCAUUAUUAUUAUGAUUAUUAUGAUGCUGAGGUUAUAAUCCUUUCAUGAAGCAAUUCCAUUGCAUUGAAAUCGUUCCCUUGUUGAGUGAUUUACAUUUUUUUAUCUUAUUGAUUGCACCGCCAUUAAUAUUGCUAUUAUUAUUAUUAUUCCCAUAUCAAUGAUGCCGAUAAAAUUUUUCAUGCCAUUACCUAACCUCCUUUUACAGGUAAAUAUUGCCGUGAUUUGCAUCCGUUUUUUGCACAUGCAUUAUGCCAUUACCUCUAUACAUAUAUAUAUAUACACCUAUAUAUAUAUAUAUAUAUAUAUAUAUAUAUAUAUAUAUAUAUAUAUAUAUAUAUAUAUAUAUAUAUAUAUAUAUAUAUAUAUAUAUUAUCUCUAUAUAUAUUUAUAUAAUUUGAAGGAAUGCUGUUUCUGUACCGUCAUGACAUUUCGGGAUAUUUGUGACUGUCAGUGUUUUGUUAUGGCCAAUAUCAUUACAGGCGAUCAGGGCAAAGAGUUAAGGAGGAAGAAGAAACACAGUCACCACACGACAAACAGGUAAAUGUAGUCAAUGAUAUAUUUCUAGAUUAUUAUAUAUUUGCCCAUUUUUACCGUCCACGCGGCACCGGGGAGAGAGAGAGAGAGCGAGAGAGAGAGAGAGAGAGAGGCUGACGCGUGUCUGUACUGCCACCCAGCGUCACGUUUCCCGCCGCCGCCCUUGGGAGACGAUGCAUUUUAUCCAUUCUUUUCUCCUUGUUGUCCUUCAUUACAUCUCCCUUUUACAUGUGGUUACUGCCAUGCUUUCCUCGAGUCAGCGCGAAGGACACUGGUGCUCUGCCGUGUAGGAAGCGGGUCCCUCAGUACAGCACUAGCCUCUUACUAUUAUUAUUAUUAUUGAUGAUGAUGAUGACCUAUAUUUUUAUUCAUGCAUUGUUAUUACUGCAUUACUGCCACUACCAGCGUCGGUACAGUGCCGUGUUUUGUGCCCAGCGUUAUCCAUCAUUAUGAUUAUUAUGGUUUGCUCGCCAACACUCUACAUUCUGAUUGUCAGUGGUGGAGAGAGGUCCAGCUCAUUCCAAGCCAGGGGGGGGAAGGUCAGGCCUGGCUAGACCGGCUUUAUCUGUAGGUUUCUUUGUUCAUUGCGAGGGAGUGAGUGAGUGAGCGAGCGGACAGACGGACGACUGCGCGAGUGUGUGUGAGUGAGGAUGUGUGUUAGGUCUAGAGUUUGUCUCACCCAUUAGCACGCCAUAGGAGUUAUAUUUUUCACAAAUGGUGAGUUUUACCAGGUUCCCCUUUAUACAGUAUAUAUUUUUCAUUUAUUAUGUUUUUUAUUAUUUUUUUAGUUCAUUUUCUUUUCACACUCCAAAUUCAUUUCUUUUCCUCGCCUCGUGAGUUUUCGGAGUUUCACAGACUUGCUCAAUUGCCGCCUGUGGCUGGUGUACGAUUGAGACGACCAAUAAAUCUUCUCACGCCA